GUGAGGGCCAUCUCCUGGGGGCAGCAGCUCUGAGCUGGGACCUGGCCGGCUUCAGCCCCUGUGGGGACAGGACAUGGGCACAGGGGACACCGCGGGGCUGCUGCUGUGCUCAGUAAGGCUCCUGGGCACGAUGCCUGCCCUCUGGGCUCUGCUUUGCAGAUACAAUUUAAUACCGAGGCAGCAGAGGCAGACACAUGCUGCACUCCUGUUUUCCCUUUCUUGGUGAUGUGCUGUUUUGUUCGGAAAAGCCCUGCGAGCCCUGCUCCUCGGGGCUGGUGGCAGGAAAUGCCCAGCCUGGGCUGCAGGCUAGCGGUGCCUGAGUGGGUGGACAGUGAAGAAAAGUGGAAGUCGCUGCACUCUGACUUUCCUCCCACUGCGCUAACGCCUCCGAGACGUCACUGAGCCAGCCUCCGGGGGAAAAACAAGCGCUCGCAGCCUGCCGGAGCAGAGCUCAGCACCCCGCUCACCAGCCCAGCCCUCGCAGAGGAUGCGGAGCCGGCAUGGCCCCCUGCGCCACCGCAGCCCUGGCCCUGUACGCGGCCCUGCUCCUCGCCUGGCCGACACACGGUGAGAUGCUGUCAAAGCCGACGGCCGUACGCUAUGACACGGAGGUGGCGUAUCACCUGCUGCGGUGGGAGCCGGGACACAACGCCCCCAGCGAUGUCAGCUACGAAGUGGAGCACAAAAUCUACGGCACCAAUUUCUCCUGGAUGGCCAUCCCAAACUGCAUGAGGAUCCGGGAGCACAGCUGCGACCUCACGUACUACACCCUGGACCCUGAGCGGCGCUACUUCUCACGGGUGCGAGCCGUGUCCGGGAACCGCACAUCCCACUGGCAGAGGAGCAGCUCUUUCUCCCCGAGGGAAGCCAGCCUGCGUCUGUCAGGCCAGAGCCUCUCCGUGGUGGGCAACAGCAUCCACAUGCAGCUGCAGAUGCUCUUCAAGGUGGGGAACCACACCGUUCGCUACGAAGACAUACAGAAGCACGCGAGGCGCUACAAGGUGUACAUCAGGAGGCCAAAGAACAACCACACGUAUGAAUUGAUAGAGACCACCUCGGCGUUCCACAUCCCCGACCUCUUCUGGGACACGGAGUACUGCAUCAGCGUGGAGCCCGACGUGGCCAGCCGGGCCAUCGGCGCCGUGCGCACCCCCGAGCAGUGCGUCACCAUCGGCAAGAGAGACAGGAGCUCAGAGCUCGUCUUGGACAUUGUCAGCACCAUCCUGAUCAUCCUUUUCCUCUUGGGCUUCCUGGGGGUUGUGCUGGCCUGCAUGUACAUAAGGAAAUCCGUGAGGCCGCCGUCCGUCCUGAAGAAUUUCAUAAAGCAGAGCUCGCUCUGGGUGGAGCAGGAGUCCUCGUCCUUGGGGAUCACAGAUGCCGACCCCAUCCAGCAGCUGUUCCUGUGCCACAAGGAGCCCCAGCAGCCCGGUGCCCCCAGCAGCAACCGCACAGCCCAGCCACCCCCGGACCCGGGCAGCAUGCUGCUGGCAUGGCCCGAGGGCUGGACACAGCUUCUGGGGCUGGCAGGGAGCAGGGACUGCAGCUGCACCAGCACUGACAGCGGCAUCUGCCUGCACGCCUCCUCUUCCUCCUCGUCCUCUUCUUCCUCCUCCUCUUCCUCCUCCAAGCUGAGCCACCCCGAGGGCCAGGGCUACAAGCAGCAGCUGCCCGUGGGCAAUGACAGCGGCGUGGGCUUCGAGAGCAGCCUCCAUCACCCCACCAGCAGCCUCGUGGAAGCUGGGCAUGGAGACGAGCCCGACCUUGGCCCCACUGCCGGGCAGGACGGCGAGCAAGAGGUGGAAUUUCGUGGGUACCUGCAGCAGUCCAAGGGCACGGUGGAGCCGAGGCAAGACCAGACUGAUGGGGUGCCCCUCUCGGGCUGUGCAGGAUCCCCAUGGGGCCCCGUUGGCACUGAUGUUGUGCUGGACAUAGACUGCUCUGAGCUGGCUGUGGCCAAAGGGUAUUUGAAGCAGUCCUCUCCCGAGCCUCCCCGCAGCCACGCGCUGGACCUUGCUGCUCUGGGGACCUCUCAGGAGCCCCCUGCCUGGGACUGCUGCAGCCAGCUGGGACCCCAAGGCCCCUCUCUGCUGAGCUAUGGGGCUCCAGUUGUUUCCCCGGCCUCCAAAGCCAGCCCUGAACUCCUGAAGAUCCCCUUCGACCCGAGCAUCUUCAACACUGACCUCCUGGGGACGCUGGUCACCUCCAGCCUUGGCACCAACGACUGGCUCACGCUGCAGAUCGACCCCCUGAGCGUGCUGGACGGGGGCAGCAAGGACAGCCGCCUGUGAGCCGUCCUGCCAGCACCGGCCCAACUACCUCCUCCACCGCUGCCCUUCGGGAGCAGCUACUCCGAUAAGCUACCGCUGACCCCUGAAUGUCGAUGCCCCGGCACGGACUCACCCGGGACCGCCACUUCUGCUCCUUCUGGGGCUGCUUCCCAGCAAGGAGCAGCCCCCAGCCAGCACCCCAGGUGAC